AUGAGUGUUCCUGGAGAAUGUGGCAUUCUAUCCAACGAGGAAAUCUACAUUACAGAGAACUUUAACGCUGUCGGCUUAGCUGCCGCCAUUGCACAAAAGAAAUUCACUGCCGUCGCGGUUGCUACGGCAUUCGCAAAGAGAGCAAUCAUUGCCCAUCAGCUCACGUGUUGCCUGACGGAAUGGUUCAUGGACGAAGCCAUCGACCAGGCCAAAGCGCUCGAUGAGCACCUUGCAAAAACAGGGAAGACAGUCGGCCUCUUACAUGGUGUCCCAAUUAGUGUCAAAGAGAUGGUCCCUGUGGCUGGCCAUUACUCCUCCUUGGGCUUUCUGAUCACUCGCCAUAUUGAUGAAGCUGACAGCCAUAUGAUAGCCAUAUUGCGACAGGCCGGCGCAGUGCUCUACUGCAAGACGGCUCGGCCUCAAGGUGUCAUGCACUUGGAGACUGUCUCUCUCUAUGGUCGUGUUCUCAACCCAUUCAACAUCAACUUAACAGCAGGCGGGUCGACCGGUGGUGGCGCUGCACUCCUCGCGAUGCGUGGCUCUAUCCUCAGCAUCGGCGCAGACAUCAGCGACAGCAUCAGAGCACCAGCAAGUUUCUGCGGCCUUUACGGCUUUAAACCGACGUCUUACACACUCCCUAUGAAAGAUUUUGUUGGACCUAGUGGAUUUCCCGCAGAGCUUAAUAUUCUUGGAUCAACUGGGCCCCUUGCAAUUUCCUUGAGAGAUAUGGACUUCUUUGUGUCUGUCUUAAAAGCAGCGCAACCACAUCUGGAAGACCCGCGCCUGAUUCCAAUCCCUUGGAAUGGCUUGAAUAUACAGCCAAAGAAUGCGCCACUUAAGGUCGGCUUCAUGAUGAACGACGGGCUCAUUGUAUCUCAGCCGCCGGUUACUAGAGCCCUCAAUUGGGCCCGUGACAGAUUGAGCAACCUCCCGAGUUUUGAAAUCAAGAACUUCACGCCAUACCGUGCCGAAGAGACCCUUCGUAACAUCCAUCUGGCCUUCUUCCCCGAUGGAGGGAGGCAGGUCAAGCAAGCUCUAGCAGCGACUGGAGAGCCCAUGCUUCCACUCACAAAAGCCAUUAUCACGGACGCCGAAACAACUGGGCAAGAUUUAGACGCAGCGGGCGUUCUCCAGCAACGAGUUACCCGGGACAACUUUAGAUGCGACUUUGCGGCUCACUGGAACCAGUCUGACGUUGCUAUUGUCACCUGUCCUGCUUACGUUGGCCCUGCAAGCAUGCACGAGACCUGCUUGUUCUGGAAUUAUACUGCCUUCUGGAACUAUGUCGAUUACCCAGGCGUUGUUGUCCCCACGCCCAUCAAGGCACUGGGUAAAGACUUAGAGAACUAUGCCACUGCUGACGAAGUACCACUGAGUGGGCAAGACGAGCUGGUCAGGAAACUGUGGGCCGAAGGCGAUUUCGAGGGUGCUCCAGUCGGUAUCCAGAUCGUGACACGAAAGUACCAUGACAACGAUCUUUUUGAGGCUUUAAGAUCGAUGGAAUUCUAUCUAGAGCUUAAGUGA